AUGAGUUUAAAAGAAAUACAACUUAAUAAUGGAGGAGAUCCAUUUAUAUUUGUAGUUAAUAAGAAUACCGAAUGGAAUAUACCAUAUAAACCACAAGCAGCAGUAGGAACGAAUAGAGUGUCGAUGUUGAUCAAACAGCCACAAGAACAAAAGAGUAGUAAUCAAGAAAUGAAACAAGAAAGAAGAGAGAGAGGAGGAGAGAUAGGGAAUCAAGGGAAUAAACGGAGUGGAGAGAAAAUGAAUGAAAAAAUCAAUUAUAAUGAAUAUUUAGGGAAUAUACAUAAAUAUCGAAUGAGAGGAGCUAAUAAACAUUUAUUUAUAGCAUAUUAUACAUUAUUUGUAAAACCAGUAUUUGAAAUAUAUCAAAAAACAUCAAAAAGUCGAGAUAUUACACAAUAUACAAAAGAAGUAUCAAUUGCAUAUGGAAUAGAACCAAAUAGAUGUUCAUCAAUGUUUGAUACAUUAAAUAGAUGGCUUUAUUCAUCAAGUGGUUUAACUAAAGGACCAGAUUCAAUUUUAUAUCGAUCAAGUGAACCAUUUUUAAAAAAUAUAGAUAAUAGACAACCAAGUGAUUAUCCAUAUUAUCAAACAACAAAUACAACAAAUUAUCAAACAAAAGAACCAUUUAAUGGAAUUAGUGAACUUCCACGUGAUGUUAAAACUGCAAUUGAUCAAACAAAAAAACCAGCUCCAAUGAAACCUAUUCCUCGUUAUCCUGCACCUUAUCCUUUUGGUUAUGAUAAAGAUAAUCGUGAUCAAAGAUAUUCUAGAACUUAUGAUGAUCCUUAUUAUGAUGAUCCUCGUUUUGAUCCAAGAUAUUCAUCAUCUCGUUUUGAUCCUCGUUUUGAUCCAAGAUAUGAUCCUCGUUUUGAAAGAUUUGAUUUAAGAUAUGAUCCAAGAUAUGAUCGUUAUGAUCCAAGAUAUGAUCCAAGGUAUGAUCGUUAUGAUCCAAGAUAUGACAAUACCACUGACCCUAGAAUUGAUAUGAGAAAUGAUCCUAGACUUGAUCCUAGAAUAAAUUAUGACACUCGUUAUGAUCGUUUAGAACGUGGGAUUCAACAACUAGAACGUCCAAACGAACGAACUCCACUUGAACGUGCUGCUUCUAUUGAUCGUCCUCCUAUUGAUUCAAAAACUCCUCUUGACAAAGUCUCCGAUCGCACUCAACAAGACCUUCAAAAUCGCACUCAACUAGACAGAAAUCAACGUCUCCCUUUAUCAGACAUUCGUCCUUCCCUUAACGACCCCAGAGAUCUUCGUGACCCUCGUAUCAUCGACUCUAGAUUCGAUCCUAGAUAUGACAAUCGUUAUCUUAGAGAUCCUCGUUAUUUAUCUGACCCUAGGUAUGAUCGUGAUCCUUUCCCUCGUGAUAAUUUAGAACAAGGAAUGCCUACAGAUAGACCUCUCGUAGAUAAAGUACCAAUAGAGACUAGAGGUUCAUUGCUUGACCGAUCAAUAAUGGAUAGAGAUACACAGUUAUCAAUGAACCAUGGGAUAAACAUUCCAUUUGAGUUUAUGGACAGAAGUAUGAUUGAGCUAAAUGAUAGAGGUGAUAGGUUUAAUGGAUAG